CGAUCAGGGCAUUUAGGCAGAGGGAGUAUCCCGCGAAUCCGAAUCCCUGCCCGUCCAAGACCAUAGUGACGCAGCAGAAUCCGAGCUGUAAAGGGCUAACAAAAGCCACAAGUACUCUCCCUGCCGGCAGAGCACCUGCUGCGUGGGUGGCUGUGUCCGGUCCGGGUGUCUACAUAAGCUGCGCCGGGCGUGAGCGUGAGCAGCUCGGUCACAACUCACAAUCACCCAGCGACAGCGACAGACAACAACUACCCAGUCCGUCGUCCCGGCUUCCGUGCGGGCCGGGGUUUCCCACGAGCGCGCACGGCACGGCGCCGCCAGCAAGGUCACGAGUCGGGUGGAGGCAUCGGACAUGGCCACCACGACGGUGACGACGACUGCGGAGGCGGCGAGCGCGCCCGGGAAGCGGCGCGGCGGGGGGUGCUGCGCCCUCGCGGCGGCGGCGGCGGCGGCGAGCGUCGUGCCCGUGAAGGCGGCGGGUGAGCAGGGGCAGCAGCCGCUGCCGCUGCCGCGGCUGGUGCGGUUCGAGGAGCUGCCGGACUACCUGCGCGACAACGAGUUCAUCCACGCGCACUACCGCUGCGAGUGGUCCGUCCGCGACGCGCUGCGCAGCGCCUUCGCCUGGCACAACGAGACGCUCAACGUCUGGAGCCAUCUCGGAGGCUUCUUCCUGUUCCUGUACCUCGCCGUCGCCGAGCCAACGGGGACGGUGGCCGGCGCCGGAGCCGGAGUCGGAGCCGGAGCCGCCCCGAGUAUCGUGACGUUCGUGCUCGCGUCGGCCAACACCUCAUGGUCUUCGUGGGAGGCCAGCAGUAACUCGAGCUUGACGGCCAGCAAGGGUUUGAUGGCCGUGUUCGGGAGCAGCGACGGCGACGCCCACGCGGUGCCGAGGUGGCCGCGGACGGUGUUCCUGGCGGGCGCCAUGGCGUGCCUGGCGGUGAGCGCGGCGGCGCACCUGCUGGCGUGCCACUCGCGCCGCUUCACGCGCCUCUUCUGGCAGCUCGACUACGCGGGGAUCGCGGUGAUGAUCGUCGCCUCCUUCUUCCCUCCCGUCUACUACGCCUUCCUCGGCCGCGCCCGCACGCAGCUCGUCUACCUGUCCGCCGUCACCCUGCUGGGCCUGCUGGUGGUGGCGCUGCUCCUGGCGCCCGCGCGCUCGUCGCCGCGCCUGCGCCACCUCCGCGCCGGCCUCUUCGUGUCCAUGGCCUUCUCCGGGGUGCUGCCGGCGCUGCACGCGCUGUGGCUCAACUGGGCACACCGCGAGUGCCACCUCGCGCUGGCGCUCGAGCUCCUCAUGGGCCUCGUGUACGCCGCCGGCGCCGGGUUCUACGUCACCCGCGUGCCGGAGCGCUGGAGCCCCGGCAGGUUCGACUGCGUCGGCCACAGCCACCAGAUCUUCCACUUGCUCGUGCUCGUCGGCGCGCUCACGCACUACGCCGCCACCGCCAUCCUCAUCGACUGGCGAGAGGCGAUGGCCGUCGCCGCCGGCGGGGCAUCGGUGCUCUCGUGAUCCGUGACUGUGCAAAGCAGUGCAGUGUAUGUAGGUGAAGGGGGUGCUAUCGAUUCGUUCAUUCUUUGUACGCGAUGUCGAUUUAUUUACCUCAAUCGAAAUAUUUGUUCGUGGCAUUCCAGAUGGGAAGUGGCCCAAU